CCUGUCCUUGUGCAAACGUGGAGGGUUCGCUUUAUCAGCUUUCGAAAGCUGCGAUUACGACCGGCUUCUUUCCGUUGUUCGUUCGGCCUUCUUUCUGCUUUACGAAUCCGAGAAAGAAAACAGAAAGGAGGACCUCCUGACCUUGCCUUUUUUUCUUCUUUUCCCUUUCUCUUAAGGCUGUUCGUUUGAGCUCUGAAUCUCUCUAUACGUCCUCGACAUACCCACCUCGCAGAGGCAGAGUCCGGUGCGGUGGUGGUUUCACUUCGUGUUUGUUUGUUUGUAUUCUGCUCUCUUUUUUAUUGGUUUUGCAUUCCAGCUCUGAGUUCUCUGUUUGUCACAGGUUCUCAAAUUGUUCUUUUGGGUUUGUGGGUGUCUUCUAUUCUUCGUAUCUCGCAGGCUUUCGGCUUCUUUUCGACGUCUGUUCGAGAACCCACUUUCGAAAUCGAUUCUUUUCACCGGUUUUGGCAGUUGGUCUCGUCGUCCUCAGUUUCCGUGUAGCAUCUCAGCAUACAUUGGAGACUGCGAUUUUUAUUGUUUUCUAGCUUUUUACUCGCAAUCUCAACUUCUCUCGGCAAUAUCGCUAGAUUUUUGGAGACCCGUGAACCCACCUGCAUAUAACUGUUUUUUUUUCUUCCUCUUCCCUCUCACUCUACUUCAACGAGAAAAUAAAGCCAGCCGAAUCUCAGCUGUUUAUUGAGAACCCAUAAUUAUUUCGUUGGAUUCUUCCUACCCAUCGUCGAAAACUCUAGUUUUUUCGACCAGGAAAGAAGUUUUCUCGUUUCUUCUGCCAGAAAAGUUGGCGAGUCUUUGGUUUUAAUUCUUGGUUUUCUACGAUCAAAAUCUGGUUUCUUAGAAAUCCGUUGUUUAUUUCAUUGAAUUCUUGCCACCCAUCUUUAAAAUAUCCAGUUUUCCGGCCAACAACUCUGGUGGUUCACCGCUGGGGAGGUGAUUUUCCGGUUGGGUUGCCUGAGAAAAUGGAGAAGCUCUGGUUUCUGUUCUUGGUUCUCUGCUUUAGCCUACUGAGUUUUACCAUUGAGGGUCUCGGCGUAAAUUGGGGAACCAUGGCAACUCACAAGUUGCCGCCUGACACUGUGGUCCAGAUGUUGAAAGACAACGGUAUAAAGAAAGUGAAGCUGUUCGAUGCCGAUCAAAGUACCAUGAGUGCGCUGGCUGGGACCGAGAUUGAAGUGAUGGUUGCCAUCCCAAAUGACCAGCUCGCAGUGAUGAAUGACUACGAUAGAGCUAAGGACUGGGUCAAGAGAAACGUUACUCGGUAUAUUUUCAAUGGAGGAGUGAAUAUCAAAUAUGUAGCAGUAGGGAAUGAGCCAUUUCUCCAAUCUUACAAUAACUCAUUCUUGAACAUCACCCUUCCCGCCCUCCAGAAUAUCCAGAAUGCACUGAAUGAGGCCGGACAUGGUGACUCCAUAAAGGCCACUGUGCCUUUAAAUGCUGAUGUCUAUAACUCACCUGUCAGCAACCCUGUUCCUUCUGCUGGAAGGUUCCGAACUGAUAUCAGCGAUCUCAUGACUCAGAUCGUGCAGUUCCUCAACAAGAAUAAUGCUCCCUUCACUGUCAACAUCUACCCUUUCCUAAGUCUCUAUGCUGACCAGAACUUCCCUGUGGACUUUGCCUUCUUCGAUGGGACAGCCAACCCUACAACUGAUACUGGGAAUGGGAUUCAAUACAGUAAUGUCUUUGAUGCAAACUUUGAUACAUUGGUUUCAGCUCUCAAGUCUGUAGGCUUUGGAGAUAUGCCCAUUUUGGUGGGGGAGGUAGGUUGGCCAACAGAUGGAGACAAGAAUGCCAAUGUGGCUUUAGCACAGAGGUUUUAUAAUGGUCUCCUACCGCGGCUUGCAGCUAAUAAAGGGACUCCAUUGCGACCCGGCUACUUGGAAGUUUACUUGUUUGGUCUGAUUGACGAGGAUGCCAAGAGCAUUGCUCCUGGAAACUUUGAGCGCCAUUGGGGAAUAUUUAGGUAUGAUGGGCAGCCCAAAUUUCUAUUGGAUAUCUCAGGUCAAGGGCAAAACACUUUACUCGUGGCUGCAAAGAAUGUGCAAUACCUACCUCAGAGAUGGUGUGUCUUUAAUCCAAAUGCGAAGGACCUGAGCAAACUCGCAGAUAAUAUUAAUUAUGCUUGCACCUUCUCUGAUUGCACAACACUCGGUUAUCAGUCAUCAUGUGGCAACUUGGAUACUCAAGGGAAUGCAUCUUAUGCAUUUAAUAUGUAUUUCCAAGCUCAGAACCAGCAAGAUAUGAGCUGUAAUUUCGAAGGUCUAGCCAUGGUGACAACACAGAAUGCUUCACAGGGAAACUGCAAUUUCACCAUUCAGAUUGCCUUGUCUUCCUCCUUCAGGCCUUCACUAAUGGUAUCAGCAUUUGUGCUGGUACUCAUGCUUUUCUUUGUUUAGUCACUGUUUUUGUAGAUAUUUCAGCGUACCAUUGUUUCCUUUAAUUUAAUUUGUUUAUUUUUUUUACAGCCUUUGUAUGUGGAUUUUUGGGUUAAUGUCAUUCCUUAGAUUACUUAUUAAAUCUAAGUCCCUUUGGUUUCA